CCGCUAGUUUCACUUUCGUCGUCCAACGCCUUCGAACCGCCUUCAAGCUAACCCAACAACUUCGGAGGGAUGCAAGUUCGCGCCGCGAAUUGUCAACUAUAAAAACGCAAAGGCUGCAAUUGAUUGAGUUAGUAACGAAAUCGGAACGUUCGCUUCGGUCGUCUGUCUAUCAAGUGAAUUUGUCCCCGAAAAAUAUUAGCAUUCCAAGAUGGGAGGUACGUUGGCUCGAAGAACGGAUACAGUUAUCUCAGCAAUCAAUAUGAGGAUCUGUGUCGUGGCCGCAUGUCUCCUAAUGGCAUCGCAGGCCACCGGCUACACGAUGGAUGAUCUGUGCCAACAGUGGUCGGGCUAUGGAUACAUCGGCAAUCCGAGCAACUGCCAUGCCUGGGGAUACUGCAAGAACCAGGAGGUUGUGGCCUGGGGCACCUGUCCCAACGGCUUGGUGUUCAACGCGCAGGCCGGCAGCUGUGAUUACGCUAAUACCACGGUGUGCUCCACCAGUGCCGUUGAGACAUGCUCCAACGUCAAAUCUCCCAUGUAUGUGGCCAAUCCGUUGAACUGCACCGAAUACGCCUACUGCGAUGGCACAGGCCAAAUCUCCUAUGGCGAUUGCGGCACCGGCGGCGUCUAUUCGGCAUCCUCCACAAAAUGUAUAUGGGGACCCGCCUGCCCGCAGGACACCAUCUGUCGGUUCAUGUUGUCCAACAUCUUUGUAGGCGAUCCGAACCAGUGCGGCAACUACAUCAACUGCGUCAACGGCUAUGGCACUUCCGAAAAAUGUUCCAGCACCGCCAAUCCCUACUAUAAUAAAGCCACUGGCAACUGCCAGUCGACGAAUCCGUGCACCGGCGAAGAUUCAAACAGUGGAAACUCUGACCAGUUCACUGUUGGGCAAACAAAUGCAACUGCUUGUGACGAAGAAGCUUUUAAAGCAGCAGAUCCACUUACUGUAAAUGGGGAAUCUGUUGACUAUAGGUACGUUUCUGAUGGUGUCACCUGCUAUGGGUACUACUACUGUGCAGCAGUAAACGCCACUGGCUAUUGGAACCAAUGUCCCACCGGUACCCAAUUCAAUGCUGGCAAGUGCGUUUCGCCAGCCUCCUUUGUCUGUACCCAUAACCGAUGUGGGAACGUUAACAAUCCAUUCAUGGCAGAUGAGGGUUGCAAGAACUACACAAUCUGCUCCAGCGGAAUAACCGGAUCAUGUCCCACCAAUGCGCCGUACUACGACGAGGUGAACAAUAUCUGCACCACCAAAAUUCCCGAUUACGCCAUUUGUAAUUCGACGGCUAGUACAUGAGCAUCUCCUCCAGCCACGUCUGUUUGCCGAGAUACCUUUUAUGAAAUAUAUAAAUAAAUACCAAUGCUGAAGGCAUUCAAAAGAAACUAAUAAAAAUGUUGACUUCGACCAAG